UAGAAAAUCUCCAGCUGUUGGAUGAUCAUCUGUUGGUGUAGGUUCUCCAACCAAGGAAUAUACACAUGCAUCCAAGCUUCCCAAAGAAUAGUGUGGUCCAGUGUACUCUUGGGCUAUAGCAGUAUUGGAAGUUGACUUUUCUUCUCCCGUCUCCCCACACCAACUGGGCACAAUCAUCUUUCUUCUCCCAAUUCUGGCUGAAAGACAAGAUCGCAUCCAUCUGCUCAUCACCAUUUAUCUUGCCUCAGGAAUAAUAUCUCCUCCCAGAAUGGGUGCUGAACUAACUGUUACCGGGUGGUUCUUGUCGCCAAUCAUACGGGAGAUGCAGGACACCGCUUUGGCCUACAUAAAGGGGCAAUUCAGUUGGAAGAAAGAUCAGGAGAAGGACCUUGAACGCCUUGACAUCACCCUGACAGAGAUUCUGACCAUUGUGGAUGUCAUCGAGAAGAGGGAGAUAAAGGAUGGGAACCAGAGGAGGCUGCUAAGCAUACUUAAAGACGCCAUUUACGGCGCUGUUGAUGUGCUGGACGGCUUCCAGUACAUGGUCCUCAAGUCCAAGGUUGAUAGCCAGUCUGCGGUGAGUCGUGUCACCUCAACCUGUAUUUACUUGGGUAAACGUUUGAUCGGUGCAGACGAAUUCCGGGGGAAGCUAGCAGAUAUUUUGGAGAAAUUAGACGUUGUCAAGACAACAGCAGAUACCCUAUUGAAGGUGGUUAAUUUUGACAAUGCUACUGCAAAGUUAUUGCCAGUAACACGGCUGCGUGUAACUUCCCCUUUGAAGGAAAAUCACCAUAUAUAUGGUCGAAGAGAUGAGCUUCAUAAGCUGAGAGAUAUGUUGUUUGAGAUAAGCGACAGUAAUGCACCCGGACCCAGUAAUGCACCUGUACCCAGUGGCUCAAGCAUUGAUGUUAUAUCCAUUAUAGGUGUUGGUGGGGUUGGCAAGACUAGCCUUGCACGGUUGGCGUUCGGAGAUGAACAAAUACGCAUGAACUUCGGUCUCAGGAUGUGGGUUUCUGUAUCUGAUACUUAUGAUGAGAUUAGAUUGACAAGGGACAUUUUGGAGUCUUUAACUGAUGCAAAUUAUCACACUGUUGCUGAAUUUGAUGAAUUGCAGAAUGCUCUUCGUGGAAAGAUAGCUGGAAAGAAAUUUCUCCUCAUACUAGAUGAUGUUUGGUAUGACGAGGACAAAACAGAAUGGGAGAAUAAAUUACUCUGGAGCAAAGUCUUCUCUUCUUUAAAUACUGGACUGGAAGGGUCGAAGAUUUUGGUGACAGCUCGAGCUGACAAAGCUUGCAGUAUCCUACAUGCUAGGACACCCCCUUUACGUUUGGGAGGAUUGGACAGAGAUGAUUACUGGUUGCUAUUCAGAAAUCAUGCUUUUGGUGAGAAAUACCCAGGACAAUUUCCAGAACUCAAGGAAGUAGGAAUACAAAUUUGUUGCAGAUUGAAUGGUUUGCCUCUAGCAGCAAAGAUAAUCGGUCGCCUAUUGAAUGCUGAUUUGGAUGUCAGCCACUGGAAGAAAGUUCUGGAGAGUGAUAUAUCUGAUGAUGUUAUGAAGGUUCUCAGGUUGAGUUACCAGCACUUACCUGUCCAAUUGAAGCUAUGCUUUAGCUUCUGCAGCCUUUUCCCAAAGGACUGGCGUUUUGAACCUCAAAGACUCACUGAAAUGUGGAUUGCACAGGGUUUUGUGCAGAGGGAGGAUUCAUAUGACACUGAUCCAAAUAUUGAGGAUGUGGCAAAGGGCUACUUCAAUGAACUUGUGCAAAGAUCAUUCUUUGAGCGGUCAUUGUUGGACCUCCCAACAGAGUAUGUCAUGCAUGAUUUGAUCAAUGACUUGGCUCGGAAUGUCUCGAAGGAUGAGUAUGUCAGGGUUGAAAAUGAUAAACAAAAGAAGAUCCCACCAAACAUUCGUCAUCUAUCAAUAUCAGCAAAUUUGUUAGGCGGCAUGAAGAAAACAGAGUUGAGAAAUUUGCGUACCUUGAUUGUUUGGAAGAAAGCAUGGUCUUGCUUAAAAUUGUCCCUUCCAGAUGAUGUAUUCAAGAAGUCCAAAAGCAUCCGUGUGCUGGACUUGAACGGUUGUUGCCUGGAUAGGCUGCCGACAUCAGUGGAAGUUCUUAAACAUCUGCGUUAUUUCGCUUUUCGGGUUCCUCAGAGGCCGUGGCAAACAUCAUUGAUUCGGCUUUACCACCUGGAGGUCUUGGUCACAAGAGGGCACUCCUGCCGGGAAAGUGAAUGUGUUAACCUUCCUGCAAACAUGAAGAGGAACCUGCUCAAAUUAAGAAAAGCUUUCCUUCUCAAUGUUGGCGGCGCCACGAUAUCUGGUUUCGGAGGACAAACUCUUCUCCGUGGCCACGGGGAGUUCCAUGUCAGGAAGGAGAGCGGCUACAGACUAGGUGAGUUGAAGGAGAUGAAAAAUAUCAGUGGACAGUUAAAAAUUAGAUCUCUCGAGAAUGUUGAACAUCAGCAAGAGGCAGUUAAUGCCUGCCUAGAUUGCAAAGAGCAUAUCGAAUAUUUGGAACUUGAAUGGAGCAUCCAUGCAAGGGCUUUAACUUGUGAUAUUGAUAAUGAUGUGCUCAGUGCCCUUAGACCUCACCCUAAUCUUGAUCGGUUGAAGAUCAUUGGAUAUGGAGGAACUAGGUCACCCAGUUGGUUUGAGGCAAAUUGGCUGACUGCAUUGAGUUCUUUAGCUCUUGAGAACUGCAUGGGUUGGGUACAGUUGCCCCCUUUUGGUCAGCUUCCUCUGCUCAAGUAUCUCGAACUAAGAGGCAUGCAUGCUGUCAGGCAGAUUGGUCAAGAAUUCUAUGGGAAUGGUGACAUAAAGGGCUUCCCAAUUUUGGAAGACAUGAUAUUUGAUGGCAUGCUCAACUGGGAUGGCUGGUCUGGAACCGAAGAUGGUUCUUUGUUUCCAUGUCUUGAAAGGCUACUCGUAUCACGGUGUCCAAAGCUUCGAGAAAUACCAACCUUUAGUGCAACACCAAGAGUUGAAGUCGAAAUAUCUCCUGAUUCCCCGCCAGCUUCUUGUUUAAUCGAGUCACUAAUAGCAACUGCAUCACGGUUGAUCUUUCUGGUUAGCUCCUACAGCUUCUUGAGUGACCUAACCACUGAGCAACUAAACCAUGUUGCUGAGUUGAACCUGCAGAACUGUAGAGAUCCCAUGCCAGCUGGUGGAUUUCACAGACUUAGCUCCCUUCAGGUGUUCAGGAUCAGCAACUGUUCAACGUUACUGUCAUCAGUCAGUACAGAAGCAGUUGACACAUAUUUACUUCCUCCAUCUCUUUGCCAUAUUGAAAUAGCUCAAAGCAAUGUGCAUUGCAGCUUAUUACCAAGGUAUUUGCAAGGCCUAACUUGCCUCUCGACGUUGGUGCUCAAUAGCUGCCAUUUGAUGACAUCAUUGUCAUUUGCUUCUGAAUCCCCCCACCUUGUUGCUCUGGAAAGUGUAACCAUUAAAGAUUGCAAUGAGCUAGCUUCAUUGGAUGGAUUUAGAAAUCUUAGUGCUCUCCGGAAGUUAGUCGUUGCAGAUUGUUACAAUUUCUGCUCCUUGCCAGCUGACUUGAAUAUAGUGGGGUCUCUUGAGAAAUUAGUCAUAUGUGGGUGCCCAAUGAUGAGGUUCCUCCCCGAAAACGGCCUGCCAGCUUCCGUGCAGACUGUUUUGUUAUCAAUGUGCCAUCCAGAGCUCGAUACCCAGCUUCAAAUGAAGGAAGGUGCUGAAUGGAACAAGAUUGUUCGUAUCCCCGAGAAGAAAUUAGAGGUAGAGCUGAUUGACUUAUUGACUAUAUUUCCGGCCAAUUCUUCCUGAAGAUGUUACUAUAACUAAAAGAUUGCGGGCUGGGGAGCAGAUGGCGUGAUCAUCGGCAGCCCAAUUGUUAGACAGCUGGGCGAAGCCGCUUCUCCUGAAGAAGGGCUGAGAAGAAUAGAAGAGCACACCAAGAGCAUCAAGGCAGCCGUUCCUUGAUACGAGCAGUUCCAUCAUGAGUACUACCUCCGUUCCGAUUUACUCGUCGUGGUUUUAGUUCAAAUUUGAACUAAAACCAUGACGCGUAAAUCGGAACGGAGGGAGUAGUUGUUUUUGCCUUCUCUUUUGAGGAAACAUAUUGAAAUGUCAUGUUUCUUGUGCUGACUGAAACAUGGAAUAUUGCAAUUCAAAGGGAAUUAUCCUGAGAGGAGGUACAGGAUAAGGCCGUGGUGCAUUUAUA